AUGGAAUUCAUCCACAAGUUAGCAGCACAGUACUUCCAGCUGGUGGAACUCAAUCAUUUGGACCUACCACCAGGCUCGGUGCUUGUCAGGCCAGAAGUGCAGGCAGCAUUAUAUGAGCACAUGUUCGACGAGACUAUCUUUCCUAUCCCACCACACAGCUACCGAAGUCGAGUGCUCAAACAGAUUCUCUCACGCAUCGAGGAAUCAAUCACUGACCCUGAGCAGGAUGAAAUCAAUGAUGAUCUGAUGGAAAGCUGGAGCACAUUGGUCUCUCAGCCCAAACCAUCAUCGCUUCAACAAGCCCAACAACUUUCGUUGGUGAAGUACACAGCCCCAAACAGUACACGAACAGUCACGACAUCUGAGUCUCGGGGACUGAUUCUCUCUGGCGGCACAACGGGAAACCGCACCUGGGAAGCAGCACUGCAUCUCGGAUCUUUCCUGGCAUCGAAUGAAGGCGAGGAGCUCGUCCGCGGCAAGCGGGUUAUCGAGCUAGGCGCUGGAACAGGGUUCUUGGCUCUAUUUUGUGCUCGCCAUCUUGGUGUGCAAAGUGUCGUCGUCACUGACCGGGAACCUUUCUUGAUUGAUAAUAUCAAUGCCUGUAUACGAUACAACCAGAAUGGCGAAAAGCCCAUUCCCAUCUACCCGGCUGUCUGGGAGUGGGGGACGUCGUUAGACAGAACUGGAGAGCUUGAUGGCGUUGAGGGAGGAUUGAAGUUUGAUGUUGCACUUGGUGCCGAUUUGAUCUAUGACACCGAUCUUGUUCCCCUGUUGCUAUCUACUGUGGGAGACCUCUUCGACAACUAUGGCGUUGAGCAGUUCAUCAUUGCUGCGACGCUGCGCAACGAGGAUACGUUCCGCACUUUCUUGAAUGGAUGCGGUGAGUUGAUUUCGCGCCGCGAAGAAAUCUUGAGUAACAUGCUGACCAUGUCAGAAACUAAUAAAUUCACCGUUGAAACUCUUUCGUUUGAGUCAACACCAUCAGAAGACCAAACAGGUUUCUUCCACUCGACCAGCAUCCCGAUCCGGACGUAUCGGAUCUCGCGGGCGAAUUAA